AUGUCUUUCCGUCCAUCCUCCACCAUCAAGGUAACUUGUCGGCAGAUUUCGGCGUGGAAGGGCAUCCCAAACACCUCCAUUCAAGCGAAACCUCUGAUGAUAUAUCAUGGCGCCUUUGACGCCACACCCGCCGAGCUCGAACAUCGCCUGGAAGCAAUGGGGGAAGUAGUACCCCAAUGGGUCUAUACCAUGUAUAGCAAAACACAUUUCCACUCGACCACUCACGAGGUCCUGGGUGUCGUUGCAGGACAGGCGCAACUAUGCUUUGGUGGGGAGCAGAACCCGGGACGUUUCGAGCCUACAGUGCAGCAGGGUGACUUGAUCAUCGUGCCUGCGGGAGUGGGUCACCGCCUGCUGCAAGAUCUGGGUGAACAGAGAUUUCAGAUGGUCGGUUCCUAUCCUGCCGGGAAACACUGGGACAUGUGUUAUGGGGAGGCAGAGGAGUGGGACAAGGUUGAGGCGAUUCGCGAUCUGGGAUGGUUUCAACGCGAUCCUCUCUACGGUGCUUCUGGCCCCGCUUUGGAGGUCUAG